AUGAGACUCGCUCACAUUCUUAUCCCGCUCUUCUGCGCUCUGCUCGCACAUGCUCUGCCGCCGUUCCUCCAUUUGCGACGCUGGGUCGACAUAUCGUCUCUUCCAGCGGCUGCACUUUCUUCCGAACCAGACAAUAUACUGUCCUUGGCCGACUCAGAUGUCCCUGCAAUUACCAAGCCCGAUGCCUGGGAGACGGGAUACCCUUUGCACACGACUGCCCUUUUAGCUGGCGCUGCUGCUGCGACUCCGCCGCCGAAGCCCCGUGUGACUGCUACCCCGGCUGCGCUUAAACGUCCAGCAGCAGUUCAUCAACCCGUUCAAAAGAAAGUCGCUAUUAAGAAGCCUAUUCCCAAUACCGGAGCUGGAGCUGCAGCUGGGGCCAAAGCGAAAGCCAAAGUUGACGCCAAAGCUGGUUCGGCCCAUGGCGUCCCUGUCCCUCUCGAGAAGUCUUCUGCGUACAUGGCAGAAGUAAGACUAUCCGAGAACACCGACUGA